AUGUCAUACGAAACUAAAAAACAAACGACAAAAAAUCUUUAUUUGAUCAGCAAACGAACUAAUCACCGUUAUGUAUUGAACGGUGAUGUUGAGUCCGAUGCAAUGCCAGAAAAUGAAGAACUUUCACGUGAUUUUGCUGAACAUAUGGUUCUGGAAAAAUCAGAUCUUCCGAAAAAAGUCGAUCUUCGACCAUGGAUGACUAAAGUUGAAGAUCAAUCGACACUAAAAAGCUGCACGGCGAAUGCUCUCGCAGGAGCGUAUGAAUAUUUACAUAGUAAAGCAACAGGACAAAAGAUUGAUGUUAGUCGGCUCUUCAUUUAUUAUAACAGUCGAAUUCGAGGUUUAUCACGUUUUGGUUGGUUAAGUGAUAGUGGUUCAUCUAUAGAUAUGGCUAUCCAAAGUUUGUUUGAAGAUGGUGUUUGUUUAGAAGAUAUGUGGGAAUAUGAUCGUUGGAAAGUGAAUGAUAAACCGUAUUCAGAAUGUUAUGAAGCUGCCAAAGAACAUACGAUUCUUGAAGCUUUGCAAGUCCGACGUGAUUUAAAUGUAUUCAAAACAUGUUUAGCACAAGGUUUUCCAAUUGUAGUAAGUAUUAACGUCUUUAGUUCAUUUGAUAAAGCAGCAGAAAGAGGUAUUGUUCCUAUGCCUCGUUCAUUUGAAGAUCGUCAAGCAUUACAUGGAAGACAUGCUAUUCUUAUUGUUGGGUAUAGUAAUUCAUCGCAAGCUUUUAUUGUUCGUAAUUCCUGGGGCGAGAAUUGGGGUGAUCAAGGAUAUUGUUAUAUACCUUAUGAUUAUAUAGCUGAUCCAAAAUUAACUAAUUAUGCUUGGACAGUGAAGAGAUUGAAUGUUGAAAGCAUGGGACACACCGGAUGGUGUAAUGUUGAUGGAGUAAAUUAUACACAACGCGAUGAAAAUGAUGAGUCUAAUGAACUUGAAGGUGCACGAAGCAAUGAAGGUGAUGAUGAAGAAAAUGAAGCUGAUAUGGAAGAAAUAGAUGAAGAUGUUGAUUAUGUCGAAUACGAUGAGAAAGCUGAUGAUAACAAUGAUAAUACGGCAAAUUAG